AUGCUCAAACUUAAAGCUACUACACUUCCUGAAACCUUCGCACCGACUUACAAGACAAUCAAUGAAAAACUCAAUGCCGAUUCGCUGAGUGCUUACAAUACUUGCCUCCGACUAGAAGACGAAGCAAGGAGGACGGCUCUUACAGAAAUUGUCGAAGAAAUCCAUUCCUGCAGGGGCGAAAAAGAUACGUUACUCGAGCUCGGAAAAUUUUAUGUGGAUUAUUAUAUUCAGAGCUUCAAAAACCGCAGAAAGAAAACACCAGAUUCUUCGGAAUAUGCCAGUCGGUCUUCAUUCGAUAACGACGAGGAUGCUCUGCUGGCCGUGCUGAAGCAGGCUCCCCAAGACAACAGAAUGGCAAAGAAACAAGCUCUCAUUCGUGAUAGUUAUAGGUGUGUGGUAACUGGGAAGUACCACGCAGAAAUACCAGCAAGCUUCAACAUCGACGAAGAGAACAGGAACCGUGUAGGCUCAGUCUUCACAGAAUGUGCACGUAUUGUACCCGAAGCGACGCACUUCGAAAUCUCUGAUGAAGUGUCCCAGGUCAAUAAGAGAGACUACUCUGCCUCAUUGCUCGCUGUGUUGCACCGAUUCGGCUAUAACGUUGACGAUCUCUAUGACUCCAAAAUACAUUCGUUGUACAACGUAAUGACUUUGGAACACAAUGUUCAUGUUGCUUUUGAUCGCCUAGAUUUGUGGUUCGAGGCAACGGAUAUUGAGAACUGCUAUAAUAUCAUGACCCUCUUUGGAUUGAAACCCUUGCCCGAGAAGAUCACAUUCACGCGCCCUGCCAUCCUUAGUCCCGGCUCUCACACGGAAUCUCCAUUCCCCUCCCCCGAACUGCUUAAUCUACAUGCGUCAUGUGCCAAAGUUGCACAUCUUUCGGGAGUAGCUGAAUACCUUGAUGAGCUGGAUGACAAUCUGGAUGAAUUGCAGGUGUUGGCAGCCGAUGGGGGGUCAUCUGAUGUAUUGAGCCAUGCGCUUUUGCGUUCGUUGAGUUUUAUGCCAUCUAGUCGACGUUGA